AUGCGAAAGAAUUACCUGGCUAGACCGGUAUAUGAUUAUAAACUUACAAAGAAACGAACACCUACGGGAGAUCCACAAGAAUGCGCUGCUUUCGACAACGUCCUUACCAACGGUCGAAAGAAACCUCUCUUAAUUGGAUCUAUUAAAUCCAACAUUGGACACACGGAACCAGUUUCAGGUCUUUGUUCCAUUAUAAAGUGCAUUCUGGCAAUGGAAGUCGGAUCCAUCCCACCGAACAUACAUUUCAAAACACCCAACGAUGAAAUCGCGGGGCUAGUAGAGGGCAGACUGAAGGUGGUUGUGGACGAAACGCCUUUAGAAGAAGAAAAUGCUUUAAUGGGUAUCAACAACUUUGGCAUCGGAGGGGCCAACGCUCAAGUGCUGUUACGUAGAAAUCCUAAAAAGAAGGUGCAACCUAAAGACAACCUGCCCAGACUGGCGUGCGUCAGCGGAAGAACGGAAGAAGCCGUUAGGGUGUUGUUGGAUGAGAUCCAGACGAAUGAAACUGAUGUAGAGUACAUCAAACUGAUGCACGAAGUAUUCUCGAGAACCAUACAAAAUCACUUGUACAGGGGAUAUGUGGUCGUAUCGAAGUUUGGAGGAAUAAUUCCAAAAUCGUUCGCUUCUUGUCCGGAAGGGAAUAAACCGUUGUAUUUAACUUUUGGAGAAUUAGAUGAUUGGUAUGAAAUCGGAAUGCAGCUAAUGGUGUUACCAGUAUUUCAAGAUAUAAUCAAACGAUUGCAAGGAACUGUCUCGACCAAAAGCACUGAUAUAUCAAACGUUUUCCUCAACGGUCAGUUCCCGGGUAGAGAUUGUAUCCAUGUAGCGGGCGCUGUGAUCGUUCAAAUCGCUCUAGUACAGCUGCUGAAAGUAUUAGACGUAAAACCCAGCGGUUGUUUCGGUUCCUCUUUCGGAGUGUUGGUCUCCGCCUACUGCAAUGACAUCUUAACGUUGGACCAGACAAUCGACUGCGCUUUUAUCAUAAACGAAGCCAUUUUGAAGAAUGACGGAUUGCAGCAUGCGAGUACAUCCGCUACCCAGGGCAAUCAAAAAUUAAGAGAAAGCUGUGAAGAUACAGUCAGCGAAGAACGAAAUAAAUGCCAGAGGAAGGAUAUUAUUGAGAUCCUACUAAACACUUUCACGAAUGAAUCGGAAUUUCUGAGAAAUGACAACUCGAAAACUAGAAUUGUCUCAGCAGAUUCUCUUGUAAAUGCGUUAACAACCAGUCGAAGUCUGGGAAUUGGCAGUGUUAAACCAAAUUCCGUGAUUUUAAAAAUUGGUAAUUUCCGCUCAAACGACUCCGAAGAAGUUCCAGUAAUCUCCCUUUUCGGGGUUAAAACUGAAGAUCACCUGACAGAAUUUCUAGCGGGUCUAGGAAGUUUGUACGUGAGCGGUUGCAAUCUUCAAGUCGACAGGCUGUACCCACAGGUAGAUUUUCCGGUUGGUAGAGGCACCCCCAUGAUUUCUCCCUUCAUCAGGUGGAACCACAGCAGAGAUAAGUUCGUGCCACAGUACCACUUGGACCAUAUCCGUCGGACAAAACAUGGGAUUAGACGUUACAAGAUCGACCUGGCCGAUCCCCAGUGGGGACUCAUUGCUGGACAUGUAGUUGACGGAAGACUCUUCUUUCCGGGGACGGGAUAUCUCUACAUGGUAUGGGAGACCUUCACUGCAAUGCAUUCGACACCGCUGGAUGUCUCCCGGGUAUCCAUAAAAAACUGCAAAUUCAUAAGGGCCACGACAAUUCCCGCAAAGGACGUCGUGGUGUUCACGGUCUCCAUUUUAAGAGGCAGUGGAAAAUUUGAAGUGACAGAAGGCGGUACUACAGUGGCAGCUGGUACCAUCAGUUUCUUGCCGGACAGCGAAGCCGAAAUCUGGACCGACGACGCUUCCCCGGAUCUAGCACGCCCUGAUUUAUGGUGGAAUCAAAAGGAUGUGUACAAGGAGUGGCGCUUACGGGGUUAUAAUUUUAGUGGAAAAUUCCGAUCUAUUGAAAAAUACGAAUUCGAUACCUCUAGAGCAUAUGCGAAGUGGCAAGAGAAUUGGUUCGCUUUAAUUGACAAUAUGCUCAUACUGAAGGUGCUUCAGAGCGAAAAUAGAGCGUUACAGGUGCCGAUAUUUAUAUCCGAACUGAAAAUCAGUGCCAAAUCUCAUUUGGAAUUGAUAAUGGAAGCAUCUGAAGACUCAGAAACACCUUCCAGUCUGCUGAUCAGCGGGGACAGAAAUACUGGAAUAAUAACAUGUGGGGGGAUAACUACUUCUGGAAUUAUAACCAGUCCGAUCAAAAGAAAGAAGGACCUAUGGACGCCCGUGCUGGAGAGCUACCAAUUCGUUCCCAACUAUACAGAACUGGACCUCUACAAAUCCGUAAGGGUAAACACCCAGAUAAUCGUAGAGAACACGCUGGUGCGUAGAUUCAAGGCCGUAGAAGUUAUAGACAAGUUCUCAGACGAUGAUGCCGAACCCUUAACGCCAAUUAUAAAGUCGGCGCUGAAAGACGAACUUCUGGUGUACCCUUCAGUUAAAAUCUUGAGUGUGAAACCUCUCGAUGUUGAUGUCGAAAUUGAAAACAAAGGUUUGGAGACCGAAAACGACUGCGUGCUUGUGAUUGCUUCGAGGAUUAUCAACAGGCCAGAGAUUUUGAAUUCAGCUUUCGCAGCUUUAAAGGAAAACGGUUACGUAAUAUCCCGCGAAAGUCGCUCUUGUGACAUUAAAAGGGACAUGUAUCCCGAUAUUGCAAUCCUGACGGUACACAGAACACCUUUCGAGACUAUACUGCUCCUUGGGAAACAGCGCGAAGAGCGAACGAGGCACUUUAUCGAAAUCAACUCAUCGGAAGACUUCUCGUGGUUGACCGAAACACAGGCUUCCAUGAGCAGUAAUUUGCAGGGGGGUGUGGUGCUAUAUUCAGAGGAUCCGACGAGCGGAAUCCUUGGCUUGGUGAAUUGUCUGAGGAAGGAAUCGGGCAACAGAAAUGUCGUAUGCGUCUUCGCUACGGGCGAUGGCGGGAAAUUCAAUCCAAACUGCGACCAGCUGAAGAAAAACAUGGCGUUCAACGUUUACAAAAACGGGCAGUGGGGCACUUUCAGACAUCUACAGUUAGAGGAUUCGAAUAUCGUGGAAAGCGAACAUUGUUUCGUGAAUAUUUCGGGAAGAGGGGAUUUGUCCAGUCUCCAAUGGACUCAGGGUCCCCUUAAGUACGACACCACGCCAGAGCCCGAUAAGGAAUUGAUAUACGUGUACUAUUCCUCAUUGAACCGAAAAGAUGUUAUGACUGUUACUGGAGACUUAAAUCUAGAUACGGAUGCAGACCCAAGCCUAGGGUUUGAAUUUUCUGGACGGGAGGACACCGUUGCAUGGGCAUAUCUGAGAAAGGGGGAGCUAUUUCCAAUUUGUUGCUAACCGACAAGUCUCUGAUCUACCCUGUUCC